CUGGCAACCAUCAUAAUGCGGAAAUAUAUGUUUCUGUCGCUAACGGUGCCUGGGGUUUUGUUUAUUUGAGUUCUUAACACUCGACGAAAGCUGUUAAACGAAUUUCAUGAAAUUUUGAAGAAAAUGUUUUAUCACAUUUCUUUGGAACAUGAAAUCUUAUUGCAUCCAAGAUAUUUUGGUCCUCAACUGUUGGAAACAGUAAGACAAAAAUUAUUUACUGAAGUUGAGGGAACAUGUACUGGCAAGCAUGGUUUUGUAAUUGCAGUGACAACAAUAGAUAACAUUGGAGCAGGUUUUAUACAACCUGGAAGAGGAUUUGUUGUAUAUCCUGUUAAAUAUAAGGCUAUUGUCUUCAGACCAUUUAAAGGUGAAGUUCUCGAUGCUGUUGUUACACAAGUGAACAAGGUCGGUCUUUUUACUGAAAUUGGACCAUUAUCGUGUUUUAUAUCCAGACAUUCCAUUCCAUCAGAUAUGAAAUUUGAUCCAAAUUCAAAUCCUCCAUGUUAUCGUACAGAAGAUGAGGAAGUUGUAAUUCAACAAGAUGAUGAAAUCAGAUUGAAAAUAGUUGGUACUAGAGUUGAUGCUACCGACAUAUUCGCCAUUGGAACCUUGAUGGAUGAUUAUUUAGGUUUGAACUGAAAAGAUAUAAUUGUACUGGACAGCAACUAUUUAUUGGCUUUUAUAAAGUUUGUGUAAAUAAAUGUUUUAUUCUUAAAAAUGUAAAAGAUCAUUUUAAAUAAAUCUCAUAUCAUUACAUUUUCAUUAAUCAUGCUGUGGUUAAAUCAA